UCCGAUUUUUCGUUUCCCGCGCACAGACGUGCCAGAGUGAAUGUAAAGUAGAAAAAAAAACUCAGAAAAAAAUGUGCAUACCAAAGUGUUAGUGCAAUGACUGUUUCUCAUACAGCCAACGAAAGUAAACCUAAUGGAUUGGCGGGCGAAAUUAAAAAUAAAAAUUUCAAAAUUCGAAGAAAGUGCGAGCGUGCCAGCAUGUUGUGGAAAACGGGACCUCUUUUGUUUUUAAUAGUUUUCAGUUUGAAAUCAGUGUUGUGUUCGGAAAUUGAAAACGAUGUGUUGACUUUACAAGACGAUUUGGAUUUAAAGGAUGACGAGGAGGCUUCGGAUAGACGGCGUCCUGCGAAUGACCAGGAGAAGGAUAUUUUAUUAUUAGAAGCGUUAGGAAGGCGGAAGGGGUCGCGGCCCAGCAGUGCCUACAGUUCUUCGCAAGAGGAUGACUCUAUCAUGGAUUUACUGGGAAAAAUGAUCCCGCAAACCUGUCGCUACCGCGGCGCGCGCUACGCCUGCGGGCUCAGCAUAUCCUGCGUGCUGGGCGGAGGGAAGCCCAUGGACCUGUGCUCGGGGGGCAUGAUCUGGGCGUGCUGCGUGGACAGAGACAGCACGGAGCGGCCGAGCGAGGUGGCGCCGGUUGUGCAUAAUGCUAGUGACCUUAUAGAGCUGAUUGGCUCUUUCCCUCACGAGACCUUCGACUAUCAAUCCACAAACACCAACCAGUAUGAAGACCCAAUCAUCAUAUACGCAGACAGCGCGCGGCCGAAACCCGGCUACAAUCGGCCGAAACCGGAUAGUAACGCGAAUAACUGGCCGAAACCGGAUAGUAACGGGAAUAACUGGCCGAAACCGGAUAGUAACACAAAUAACUGGCCGAAACCGGAUAGUAACAGACCGGAUUGGGGCGACAGUUACGACCAAAACCACUAUUUUCACGUGAAGCCCUCAUACCACGAGACGACUACGCCGAAGCCCGAAGUGUACUACACGGAUUUUAAUCAAAAUAAUGCAGAUAGUGAUGAUGAUUAUGUUCCGAUUAGCACGCAUGCCGCGAAGCCGCAACGGCCUAGCCAUCCGGGUUGCGGCGAACACUUCACCCGGUCUAACCGGAUAGUGGGCGGACAUUCGACCGGUUUCGGCUCGCACCCGUGGCAAGCCGCGCUCAUAAAGUCCGGGUUUCUGAGCAAAAAGCUCGCGUGUGGAGGCGCCCUAAUAUCCGACCGGUGGGUCAUCACCGCUGCGCAUUGUGUUGCUACCACCCCCAACUCGCAGCUGCGCGUGCGUCUCGGCGAGUGGGACGUGCGGGACGCGGGGGAGAGGUACGUGCACGAGGAGUUCGCCGUGCAACGGAAGGAGGUGCAUCCGUCGUACGAGCCGGCAGAUUUCCGCAACGACGUCGCUUUAGUUCAGUUGGACCGGGGGGUCGUGUUCAAACAACAUAUUCUGCCUGUGUGUCUCCCACAAAAGCAGAUGAAGUUGGUGGGCAAGAUGGCGACGGUGGCGGGCUGGGGGCGCACGCGACACGGGCAGAGCACCGUGCCAUCCGUGCUGCAGGAAGUAGACGUGGAAGUGAUCCCCAACGAACGCUGCCAGCGCUGGUUCCGCGCGGCCGGCCGGAGAGAGACCAUACACGACGUGUUCCUGUGUGCCGGGUACAAGGAGGGCGGCCGCGACUCCUGCCAAGGUGACUCCGGAGGCCCCCUGACCCUCAAGGUGGAAGGCCGAAGCACACUCAUAGGCCUGGUCUCGUGGGGCAUCGGCUGCGGCAGAGAACACUUGCCAGGCGUCUACACUAACAUACAGAAGUUUGUGCCUUGGAUUGAUAAACUGGUUAGCCCUUAGUUGU